AUGGCCGCCAAGGUCGACCUGGCCACCGCCACCGACUGGCGGGAGGCCAAAGCCUUCCUGCAGGGGCUGGGGCCGAAGCAGCGGCGGCAGCACUACUUCACCCGCGACUUCCUCGCCCUCAAGAGCGUCGAGCCCUGGCGCCGCGCCGGCAAGGGCGUCCGGGGGCCCCUGGAUGAGCCCCCCCGGUUCCCCCCGGCGCCGGCGCUGGCCGAGAAGCUCUCGCUGCUGCGGCACGACAUCACCCGCCUCGAGGUGGACGCCAUCGUCAACGCCGCCAACAGCUCCCUGCUCGGCGGCGGCGGGGUGGACGGCUGCAUCCACCGCGCGGCCGGGGAGCUGCUGGGCGCCGAGUGCCGCUCGCUCGGGGGCUGCGAGACCGGCGGUGCCAAGCUGACCUGCGGCUACCGCCUGCCCGCCCGCUACGUGAUCCACGCCGUGGGGCCGGUGGCCGGGGGGAAGCCGGGCCCCACGGAGGAGGCUCAGCUGGAGAGCUGCUACCGCAGCAGCCUGCGCCUGGCCCUGGAGCACCGCCUGCGCUCCGUGGCCUUUCCCUGCAUCUCCACGGGGGUGUUCGGUUACCCCAACGAGGCGGCGGCCGACGUGGUGCUGCGGACGCUGCGGCUGUGGCUGGAGGAGAACGCGGCCAAGGUCGAUCGCAUCCUGCUCUGCGUCUUCCUGGAGAAGGACGAGGCCAUUUACCGCAGCAAGCUGCCGCUCUACUUCCCCCUGGCCUGAGCCCCAGUAAGAGCCGUGCGAGACCUGGACGCCCCCCCACCCCGGACGCCUGGGCCCUGGCUGGGAGGGGGCUCGGACGCCUGGGCCCCA